AAAAAAGUAAACGGGUGUCCAUUUCGAGUCAUCAUCAGGUUUUGCGUUGACAAAAAUGAACUGCAAGUCAGGGGCAUAUACGUAUAACGAGCAAAUACACACGGUAACUACACUUGACAAAGGCAGCAAUCAUCAUUCUAUAAACAUAGGAAACAGCAAAUUUCAAAAAGAUCAUCUCUUGAAGAGAGUAAAUGAAUUGAAAAAUGACAUUUUAAAGAUAGAAAACCAUGAAGACAGACAAGAAUUAUUUGAAUAUAUAGAAGAGAUACUUGUAGAAAAUAAAAGAUCUGAAAAUAAUAAUGAUCAUGAUAUUAAUAUUAAUAAAAAUGAUGAAGAGUUUUUAGAAGAAAAAAGCGAUGAAAGUUUACAUUUUUCAGAUUCAAUAUUAGAAUCUGUAUACUCGGCAUCUAAUGAGAUUAAUGAGAAAGAAGAGGAAGAAGGCGUAAUAGCGGAGAGGAACGAACAAGACAUAAAUAAAAUACCCACGAGAAAAAAACAAAGAAGAAAAUGAAAAUUGUAUACCAAGGAUAGAGAUAUGCAAUUCAGAUAAAAUAGACACAAAUUGAAAAUUUAAGAUUUGACAUCACUUCGACACAUCGACGUGAAAAGGGAAAGGAGCUUACUGUUAUAGGACUUUAAAAAAAAAUAAAAUAGAAACACCGCAGCUAAACAUCCAAAAACAUCAGAAAGAAUACAUAGAAAAGAAUCUCAAGACAAAUGCGGUUUCUCUUCAAGAAAAACAAAAUCUUUCAAAAUUACCGCUACCGGACAUGCAAGAUCAUGAGAAAAAAUCGAAAGAAAAAGUACUAGCAGUGCAAAAUCUUCGAAUGAGA